UCCGUUGCCAUUUCGCUUUCUAGCCUCCAACCUUUUUGUCCCCUGUGCAUGACAGCAGCAUGGUGCAGAAUCCACAGACGCAAUCCAGAUCGAGCUGACGGCUUUCGCACUGCCGCCUCGCUCCCUGCUGAUCGAUCCUGUAGCUCCGGGCGCCGGCCAUGUCUUGGCGGCAGUGGCUUGCCAUGGCGUUCGUCGUCGUCGCCUCCGCCGUGACGGCGCAGGCCGAGCAGGAGAGGCUCGUGGUGGCCAUGACUAUCCUCCCGGAUGCCGCGUCGGCAGGAGCAGUGUGCCUCGACGGGAGCCCGCCGGCGUACCACCUCAGCCGCGGCUCCGGCGGCGGCGCCGGCAGCUGGGUGCUCCAGUUCGAGGGUGGCGGGUGGUGCAACGACGUGCCGUCGUGCGCGGAGAGGGCCGGCACGCGGCGAGGGUCCACCCGUUUCAUGAACAAGCUCGAGGGGUUCUCCGGCGUCCUCAGCAACGAUCCCGCCAUGAAUCCAGACUUUUAUAGCUGGAAUCGUGUGAAGCUGAGGUACUGCGACGGUGGCUCCUUCGCGGGUGAUUCAGAGUUCAGAAAUGGCUCUUCAGUCCUAUACUUCAGAGGUCAGAGGAUAUGGGAUGCUAUCAUCAGUGAUCUCCUUCCAAAGGGCCUAGCAAAAGCCGAAAAGGUACUGCUCUCAGGCUGUUCAGCAGGAGGCCUAGCUACAUUCUUCCACUGCGAUGACCUCAAGGGGCAUCUUGGAGGUGCUGCCACGGUGAAAUGCCUAAGCGACGCAGGAUUUUUCCUUGAUGUGGAUGACAUUACUGGCAACAACACUGUUAGGCCUUUCUUUAGAAGCCUAGUAGAUUUGCAGGGAGCCCAGAAGAAUCUGAACAAAGACUGCCUGAGUUCAACACAGUAUUCAUACCAGUGCUUCUUUCCGCAAUAUAUACUUCCAAACAUCAGAACCCCAUAUUUCAUUUUGAAUUCAGCUUACGACGUAUAUCAGUUCCAUCAUAAUUUUGUGCCUCCCUCAUGUGAUUCUAGAGGCCAAUGGAGUCACUGUAAGUCAGACCCUGGUGCAUGCAGCUCAUCCCAAAUUAUAACCCUCCAAGGACUCAGGUCUGCAAUGUUGGCAGCUCUGAAACCGUUUGAAGAUGAACAGAAAAUAGGGAUGUUCAUAAAUUCUUGUUUCGCACAUUGCCAGAGUGAGCUGCAGGACACAUGGUUUGCACCAAACUCCCCCAGGCUACACAGUAAGACAAUUGCAGAGCUGGUUGGUGACUGGUACUUUGAGAGAGGGCCUGACAAACAAAUCGAUUGCGCAUACCCUUGUGACUCAACUUGUCACAACCUUAUACCUUCUAAUCAGUUCAGGAAAAAUGAAUGAAACAGACAAAAGAAUUGUUUGGUGACUAGGAUGUGGGGAUGUAGGAGUUUGCCCGGCAAAUAUCAUACCCAGUUAUGAUCAAAAUAGCAAAAAUUUCAUUUAAUUGGUGAAUAAACUGAAGGGUGAACACAAUUACAAUAAUGGAAGCUCAGGUAUCCACAAUGGAAGUCCAUGCAUGAACAUUCCUCCAAAAUUCUACACCAUCAGAAGCAUCGUACAGAUAAUUCU